AUGACGCAGUCGCGCGCUCCUCUUCUCAUCUCCCUCCCUUCCGAUCACAUCUCUUACCCCUCGCACUCCAAUCUCCUGCCGCCGGUGCCGCCAAAUCCGCCGUCAUCCCCGUUACUAUCCUCCUCGAUCCUCGUUAACAUCUUCCAUUGGCCGGACAUGGCGGAUUUGAUUCCGCCGCUGGCGUGGCUGCAUAUAACGGUGGGCGUCGUAGGCGUGCUGAUCAUGACCUACACCUUCAUGAUGCGCAAGCUGAAAGAGGAUCUGCUUAUAUCGGAGACGUUCGCGGCGCUGGUGGUGGGCGUGCUGCUGGGGCCGCACUGCAUCCGCGUCUUGGACCCGCAUGGCGCCUUGGGGGAAGAAACGGCGCUAGCGGUGCUGCAAGAGGUGAGUGCUCAGCUCGCUCCCCUUCCCCCAUGCCUUGAUCCCUUCCGUCAGCCGGAAUGGCAGCAGCUUCCGCCAUCAUCCCACUCAUAUCCCACCCAACCCCCCUCCGUCUCUCUCCCCCAGCUCUCCCGCUUGGUGUUGGCAGUGCAGCUCGUAUCUGCGGGGCUGGGCCUGCCUCUCAAGUACGUGGAGCGGCAGUGGCGGACGCUGGCCGUGCUGCUGGCCCCCACCAUGCUCGCCACGCUGGGCAUCUCCUUCGCCCUCGCGCUCGCACUGCUGCCGCACGCGGGCGUGGGGUGGCAGACGUGCCUGCUCGUGGCGGCGUGCCUCACGCCCACGGACCCAGUGCUCGCCUCCACCGUCCUGCAGGGCCGCUUCGCUGAGAUGUGCGUCCACAGGGGUGGGCACCUGCCAGCGCCCCUACGCUUCAUGUUGCAGGCGGAGAGUGGGGCAAACGACGGCAUGGCCCUGCCGUACGUGUCACUUCCCAUCGCACUGCUGCUGCAGCCCACUCUCAAGCUCGCGCUCACCAACUGGCUCGCCGUCUCCUGCGCCUACCAGGUGGGCUUGGCAAUAGCAGCGGGCAUGCUGUACGGGCUGGUAGCGCGCGGUCUGCUGCUGCUGGGCGACCGCUACGGGCUGAUAGACGAGCCGUCCUUCCUCGCUCACAUCAUCGGCCUUGCGCUCGGCGCCCUGGGGCUUGUUCGGGCCGUCGGUGCGAGCGGGGUGCUGGCAGUAUUCGUAGCAACAAUCGCCUUCUCCAGCCGGGAGCCCACAGCAGAGGAGGGGCGGUACGACGCGAUCAACGGCAUAGAGAUCAUAGUCACCAUCACCUACUUCACCUACUUCGGCGCAUUCCUCCCCUUCGCCGCCUGGCGUGCCCUCGGCAUCCCCCGCCUGCUGCUCUUCAGCGCGCUCGUCCUGCUGCUGCGGCGCCUGCCCGUGCUGCUCGCGCUCGCUCCCUGCCUGCCGGAGCUGCACCGGCAGGUGGGGUCCAAGCGAGCGGUGUAUUGUCAGGCCGGGUUUGCGGGGUUCUUUGGGCCGAUUGGGGUGGGGGCUGUGCUGUAUGCGGCACAGGCGUGUGAGGAGCUGGGGGGGGAUGCGACAGCAGCGCACGUGGUGCUGUUUGUGGUGGUGGCGUCAGUGGUGGUGCAUGGGGUGACUGCUGCGCCCUUGUCUCGCCUGCUGUCGUCGUGUAUAAAGCGAGCCGAGGAGGAGCACAGGUUGCAGCAGCAGCAGCAAGAGCAGCAAGAGCAGGUGGAGCAGCAGCAGCGGGCGUUCGCUGCAUUGCCGUCAGUGGCAGCGUCACCUGCAAUGGACUUAAGUAGUGAAUGCUAG